GGCGGGAUUAUGUUGAGUUAAGCGUUUCUCUUCCGCCGUGACCGGGUGAUACAGCGAGUUUGGGCCCGUCCCGUUUGGGCUAGUUGGGAGUUACACCAAGCUGUACAAUGCAUAUGCUAGCGUCAAACGGAUCCAUAAUGGACUUGGACUCGGACUCGGUGAAAAUUAAGGCACACUACUGUGGGGACAUGCUGAUCACAGACUUGGCAGCCACGGUAACCUUUUUGGAGUUACGCGAGGAGGUGAGAACGAUGUGCAGCGUUGCCAAGCAGCAGCCCAUCACGCUCAAGUGGAUCGAUGAUGAAGGGGACCCUUGUACCAUCUCAUCCCAGAUGGAGCUGGAGGAAGCAUUUCGUAUUUACAGCCGAACCAAAAGAUCUGGACUACUGCUACAUGUGUUCCCCAGCAUCCCGGAGAGGCCUGGCCUGCCCUGCCCCGGAGAGGACAAAUCGAUCUAUCGCCGCGGGGCCAGAAGAUGGAGGAAACUGUACCGAGUCAACGGACACCUCUUCCAGGCCAAGCGCUUUAACAGGAAAGCCUACUGUGGCCACUGUAGUGAAAGGAUAUGGGGGCUGGGCAGGCAGGGCUACAAGUGUAUCAACUGCAAACUUCUGGUCCAUAAGCGCUGUCACCGACUCAUCCCUCAGACCUGCCAAAGGCUUAUGGAUCCAGCCAUGCCAUCACAGGAGCCCCCUUCAGAUGCCAAGAGUGAAGAAGUGGACCUUCCACCAGAUGACACAGAGGACACAGAUGGAAUACCUUUUUUACCACACAACUGUACAGUGGAUAAGACAGAAGAUGCCGAUUCAGAGGACAUCAAAGCAGUAGUGGAUGGCAUCGAUGGCAUCAAGCUUUCCCCGGGGUUGGCUCUUGGGCUGGGUGACUUUGACCUGAUCCGAGUGAUCGGCCGUGGAAGCUACGCCAAGGUCCUGCUGGUUCGAUUAAAGAAAAACAAGCAGGCGUAUGCCAUGAAGGUGGUGAAGAAGGAGCUGGUCCACGAUGAUGAGGAUAUUGACUGGGUUCAGACAGAGAAGCACGUGUUUGAGCAGGCGUCCACCAAUCCAUUCUUAGUAGGCCUCCACUCCUGUUUCCAGACAGAAAGUCGGUUAUUUCUGGUGAUUGAAUAUGUGAACGGCGGAGACUUGAUGUUUCAUAUGCAACGACAAAGGAAGCUCCCUGAGGAACAUGCAAGAUUUUAUGCUGCUGAAAUCUGUAUCGCUCUGAACUUCCUGCAUGAAAAGGGCAUCAUCUACCGUGACCUGAAGCUGGACAACGUACUCUUAGAUCAUGAGGGACACAUCAAGCUCACAGACUAUGGCAUGUGCAAGGAGGGGAUCAGACCAGGUGACACCACUAGUACCUUCUGUGGAACACCCAACUACAUAGCACCUGAGAUCCUGAGAGGAGAGGACUACGGCUUCAGCGUGGACUGGUGGGCCCUGGGCGUGCUGAUGUUUGAGAUGAUGGCUGGGAGGUCCCCAUUCGACAUUAUCACCGACAAUCCUGACAUGAACACAGAGGAGUACCUCUUUCAAGUUAUUCUUGAGAAGCCCAUUCGCAUCCCAAGGUCUCUGUCGGUGAAAGCUGCCAGCGUGCUCAAGGGCUUUCUAAACAAGGAUCCCAAGGAGCGGCUGGGUUGCCAGGUCCAGACGGGCUUCACAGAUAUCAAGUCACACACAUUUUUCCGCAGUAUAGACUGGGACCAGCUGGAGAAGAAAGAGGUAACACCGCCCUUCAAACCUCAAAUCACUGAUGACUACGGCCUCGAAAACUUUGACACGCAGUUUACUAAUGAACCAGUGCAGCUAACACCAGAUGAUGAGGACGUCAUCAAGAGAAUAGACCAGUCAGAGUUUGAGGGAUUUGAAUACAUCAACCCCCUGCUGCUAUCCACAGAAGAGUCUGUAUGAAGGGGAGACCAGCUUCCUCCUUCGCCCACCUACUGUCUGUCCAAGCUGCCGUCUCAGCCAAAAGACACUCGC